AUGUGCGAAAUUCUUCAUCCGAAGCACGACCGGCGCGCGACGGACGCGUCGUUCGCGGCGCGCGGCGUCGUCGACGCCGCGUCGCUUCGACUCCCGACGCACGACACCCCGCCGUCGUUCGUGUUGGGGUGCGUCCCCGCGGCGGCCACGGGGACGACGACGACGACGACGACGACGACGACGACGAACGAUGAAGCCGCGACGAUCAAAAUCGACGUCGAGGCGCGCGAGGUGCUCGCGCGGCAGGGCGGCGCCGUCGUCACCGACGGCGCGCGACGGCGCGUCGGACGCGACGAGGACCGCGCGGGGUUCAAAAAGAUCGUCCGCGCGGUGAAGCUCGCGCACCGACGGAAGCCGUUCGUCUCUCCGGCGCCGUGGAGCGCGUCCGCGGCGGCGGCGGCCGGGGAAAACGGAUCAUCCACCGUUCGACCCGGGAUACGCGUCGCGCACGUCACGCAGACGCUCCGUGCGUUCGAACCGUCGCCGCCCGGAGACGACGACGACGACGUAUUCGACGACGAGCACUCGCUCGUCCAGGUGAACAAGGGAUCCGGGGAGUGGUUGGACGUGCGGAGCGUCCGCGCGAAGAGAGCGCCGACGCUCGCCGCGGCGUUCGAGUCGAUCCAACGCGACGGCGCGGCGCUCAGAGCGUCCUGGCCCGCGAGCGACGGUAACGGUACCUCGGGAAGCGUUACAGCUGCUGAUGCGAGCGCGAACGUCAUGAUCGACGACGUCUCGGACGCGUUCCGACACGCGGGCGCGACGCUCGUGAAUAUGGGGCCCGGCGAGCGAGAGCGGCAUUUUCUGCUGCAUCGACGCGCGGGGUGGCGGACGCGGUCGCGGAUGUUACGAGUAGAAACGGACAUCGAGACCGCGCUCGCCGGCGGGUUCAGCACCGGCGGCGCGAAGGAUAAGGAGAAGGAGAAGGAGAAGGAGAAGGAGAAGGAGAAGAAGAAGGAGAAGGAGAAGGAGGGCGCGACCCCCUCAGCCGCCGCGGAAUGUGGAACGUCAACCGACGCGGCGGCGGGGACGCCCGAGCGCGUCGCGACGCGGUCGCGGCGGGCGAGCGCGAGGUCCCCGGCGGUCCCCGCGGCGCGAGAAGAAGAUGGAACGUCAACCGUCGCCGCCGGCGAACUGGCACCUCCUCCACGGUGUCGACCCGUCGCUGCCGGUGCUGCACCACGCCGGCGCGAUGUCGAUCGUGCCGCUCGGAACGACCCCGCACGGGUUGGGCGCCGUGAUUUCGCUCGCGAUCGACAACGCGAAGACGAACCCGAAGGCGUGGAUGGUUUGGUACACAGUGCCGGGACGCGGCGCCGGAAAUUUGAAGCGGUAUCUCCGGGACACGAUCGACGCCUCGCAGAGGGGCAGCGGGUGCGGGACGUCGCGCAGCGCGCUUCUGUGGGCGGACCCGUCCGCGAUCACGGCGUGGAAUUCGCGGCGGGAUGUGACGGUAACGGACGAUAGAGUGCCGUUAUUCCGGCACGUGCAGGCGCCCGGUGAGUUCAUGGCGUUCGAGCCGGGGGCGGUGCGGUGGGGGGUGAGCCUCGGGGUGUGUUGGACCGCGACGGCGCCGUACGUCGGGGGGGAGGGCGGAGGGGACGGCCAGUCGCCGCUGAAGAUCGCGCCGAAGAACGCGGCGGGAGACGACGACGACGGAGACGAGGGCGUCGUCGUUAAAGAUGAGGAGGAGGAGGAGAAAGGGGGGAAAGAGAAAAAAAGAAGAAGGUGUUGAUUUAGACGGAGCAGAGCUUCGAGAUCCAUCAGAUGCGAUGGGGAGAAGACCCGAGGGGUCGCGUAGAGAGUCGCGAUUGUUACCCAGUAACGAGCGAG